AGCAGCGUGGUGCUCCAGCAGCCAGAUCAGUCGUCAGUCUGAGAGAAGAGAAGCAGCAGCAGGAGACGGAGCAGCCUCCUGUCGUCUCAAUUGACAAAACUCUCAUCCCCCCUCUCUCCAACUCCUCUGAAACAACUCUCAACCUCCCUGUCUCCUUCGUCGUAACCCCCUCUUCCUUUUUUCAGUUGCACCUAAUUUUUUUUUUUCAUUUCUUUCUACUUUGUCUAACCCCUCCGCACCGCUCAACACCCCCAGAGAUGUGACUAGAUUAUGAGGACCCCCUGCCAGCGGUGACUUGUCUCCUCCGUGCUUCAGAGAACCGAACAUCCUCAUCUUCCACCCCCAAUUUUUUGGACGUUCAUCUGCCUUUCAAUAAUGUAGGAGAAGGUGCACUGUCAUUUCAGCGACGAGGAUGCCAACUACAUGCCUUGUUUUUGCUACCCGCACCUUAAAUCUUUGUCUUUACAGCCGGUGGGGAUAUGAAAGAUUUCCGUGAAGGCAAAGUUUGAGGGUACCUCUGUCGGUUUCCCGCUCACCUGUCCUCCUGCACGCGCAGGAGGACUCUCCGUUUAACUGAUAACGAGGAAGAUUAUCGCCAAAAGAACAAUUGACAAGCAACUUCAAAGAGACCUGACUAUUGUUCCGGUAAUUUGAGUGGGAUUUGGCAGCGUUGUUGGAGGAAUUUGAUGUGCGCAACGUUGAAGGAUAUGGCUUAAAUAAUGGUUGCGUUACUGACAGCGGGAGUAAGGUCCGUCACUUGAGUGUUUUUAUCAGCUAUUGACGACUUUGGAGGAAACCCAUCUAAAUGGGAGGAUACCUGGAGGACUGAGUAGGAUUCGGCAGUCGAAAAAAUGUGGAUAAAACGGAGUGUUGCGCGCAGUCCGUCUGCUUUGAGGCCAGGCAGCUGUGUGGGGCACCGGGUGUGGCUCCUGCUGGCCAUGACCCACCUCACCCUGGACUUAUCUGUGUGCAGCCCCCUCAGUCAGGGUAUGGGGGUCAAACUCACGCCUAAAUCGGUGCCUCGCUCUCGACUUCGCUGGCAGCCGCUCUGGGACAUGCCCAACAAGCUUCACUGGAGAACAGUGAGCCCGUUGGCCCGCCGCCUCCUCAACCCUAUCCUUCCACCACAAGACAACAGGGCAGGGAUAUGGGCAAAAGUCAAGGGUCAAAAGCAUCGGAAGCCAGCACAUAAGGGACAAGCAGCGUGUAAGGAGUGCCGGUUGAGUUACUCUCAAAUGGAGACAGGUGAUCCUUUGGCUGUAAUAGCGGAAGCUCCAGCAGCUUUAUCCAAAGGGAGCAAAGGAGACUCAGUGAGGUUGUUACUUAGAGCCAGAAGGCAGCUCAAAUGGGACAGCUAUGACAAGUCUCAGGAGGGCCGGACUACCACAGUGGCCGGAUUUAUCGACUGGGGACCCACAGGGACAGAUAGCAUAGACGACGACGGCAAACCGGAGCCCAACAUAACGCUGUCCACCAAGGUCUCAACUACCACAGUGGCCACAACUACUAGCACUACUACCGGGCUCUCCCAAAGGACGUUCACUGUGGUGACCACACCAGAGCCCAAGAGGCUAAGCACCACCAAGGCCACUGGCGGUUUCGGGGAGACUGUCAAACCACCAAAGCCAUAUGGGGAAACACCAGGUUUGGCAGUCCACCAGAUAAUCACAAUCACUGUGUCUCUCAUUAUGGUUAUCGCAGCCUUGAUUACAACACUCGUCCUUAAAAACUGCUGUGCGCAGUCGGGAAAUGGCCGCCACAAUAGCCAUCAGCGCAAGAUCCACCAGCAGGAAGAAAGCUGCCAAAACCUGACAGACUUCACCCCAGCCCGGGUGCCCAGCAAGGUGGACAUAUUCACUGCCUACAAUGACAGCCUGCAGUGCUCACAUGAGUGCGUUCGGACUGCCGUGCCCAUCUACACUGAUGAGAUGAUCCAGCAGACGCCUGUCUACAAGACUGCUUACAACGGAAACAGGCCCUCCCCCACUGAACGUCAACUGAUUCCUGUGGCCUUUGUGUCAGAGAAAUGGUUUGAGAUCUCUUGUUGACGAGCUGAAGGCCUUGUUCACUUCCUGUGGGCGAAAGAGACUUCCUGAAUUCAAGCUCUGGAUCCAGUUGGAAACAAGAAACACACAAAACAGCUUUUUUGUAAAAUAGUGUGAUUACUCUUUGGACACUGGUGAAGAUAUUUAUUUUUCUAGAGAUCACAAGCAGAGCAGCCACAAUGCUGCCACUCCAUAUUUCCAGAAACGUUCAGUCAUUUAGAUAUAGAUUAUAUAUAGGUAUAUUUACAGGAUGUGUGGGACAAGACUGUGGACGUCACAGAUGUCUCAAGGAAAACAUUUGACAUUUGAAAAGAAAUGAACCCAAGGAGCUGCUGUGGGUGAAGGAUGAACUGUAUUUCUGAACAAUGUGCCAAUAAUGCCACUAUGUGCCACAACCUGGAUUAAAGGAAGUUUCAACAACUGAUGGACUAAACAAAGAGCGCUAUAUUAACCCUGUAUCGACUUCAACUACAUUGUUUCUUUUUGUUUUUUUAAAGAAAUGUGAAAGAUAAAAAAAAUGCUACAAAUGUAUUUGAAUAUGUUUUGAAAUAGUUUUAAGAAAUGUGUUGCAAAAGAGUCUAAAAGAUAUUUAUAUGAAGCACUAUUGUAUUAGUUUGGGAAGAGAGAAGAUGGAUAAAAAGAAACGGUAUAUGCUUUAGUGAACAGUUGAUUUUAAAACAUUGU